AUGUCACUCUCGUGGGAGCUCCAGGCACAAAAGGCCAAGGACAUUCUCCAACAGUCAAUCCCCAAACAAUGGCUCCUCCCCGCACAUAAGCUACCCUCGGCCGACCUGAAAAAUGUGGAGGACUUUCCCCGCAAAAGCGGCCUUCUCUCGGCGAGAGAGCUCAGUAUAACCGACAUGUCUGCCGCUACCCUAGUGCAGAACAUGGGGGCUGGGAAGCUCACGGCAGAGGAGGUGGUCGUGGCUUUCCUCAAGCGAGCCGUAUUGGGCCAUCAACUGCUUAACUUCGCUACAGAGUUCCUAACCGACCGAGCAAUCGGUCGAGCCAAGGAACUAGAUGAGUAUUACAGGCGAACCGGAAGGCUAGUUGGGCCUUUGCACGGUGUCCCGAUAAGCGUGAAGGAGCAUGUUGGAGUCAAGGGCCAUACAUGUAAUGCCGGCUAUGUAGCCUGGGUGGACGACAUUGCAACAGAAGACUCCCUCAUACUACAAUGCCUCGAAAAGGCAGGUGCCGUCUUCCACGUACGGACCAACCAGCCACAAUCUCUCAUGCACCUCUGUUGCAGCAACAACCUCACCGGAACGACGCUAAACCCUUACAACCGCACGCUCAGUGCCGGUGGUUCCUCAGGUGGUGAAGGCGCUUCGACCGGCUUCAAAUGCGCUCCCCUAGGUAUCGGCACAGACAUUGGAGGCUCAAUCCGAUGCCCCGCUGCAUUCUGUGGCUCCUAUGGCUUCCGCCCAACAGCCCUUCGCAACCCAUUAUCAGGUGCAAAAGCACCCAAGGAAGGCCACGAAUCCAUCCGCGGCGUAAUCGGACCUCUCGCCAGCCAGAGCGUGGAAGACAUGGACAUCUUCCAGCAAGCCAUCAUCGACCAAGAGCCAUGGGAUGUCGAGACGUCUCUAGUUCCAGUCCCAUGGAAAAGAGCCAAACCCACCAAAAACAUGACCGUAGCCAUCAUGUGGGAUGAUGGCGUCGUCCGCCCUCACCCCCCGAUAACCCGGGCCCUCAACCACGCCAAAUCCAAGCUCCUAGCCGCCGGCAUCAAAGUCAUCGAUUGGGAACCAUAUAAGCACAAGCACGGCUGGGACAUCAUCUCGGCAAUGUACUUCCCCGACGGAGCCCUCAGCCAGCGCAAACUCAUCGCCCAAACAGGCGAACCAAUCCUCCCCUUAACAGCCUGGGCCUUCGACUACAGCAGUCCCACACCCCUAACUAUGGCCGAAUCCUGGACCCUCAAUGUCCAGCGCGACGUAUACAGAGACGAAUACCACGCGUUGAUGAAAUCCAGAGGCGUGGACUUCAUCCUCUGUCCCGUAUACGCGGGCGUCGCCUCCGUUCUCGGUGAAUCCCACUACUGGAACUACACCGCGGUGUGGAACAUUCUCGACCAGCCGGCCGUGGUAUUCCCAUCCGGCCUGAGCGUGGAUGCACAGCUGGAUCAAUUGACCAGCGAGCAUAAGACGUAUAAGCCUCGAGACGAAGUUGAUCAGCGCGAAUGGAGUAAGUAUACCGGUCCGGAACGGUACGAAGGUGCGCCUAUUGCGUUGCAGUUGGUGGGAAAGCAUUUCAAGGAUGAAGAGACUCUGGCUGCUGGUGCUUUGGUUGAUGGGAUCUUGAAGGGAGGAGCAGAGCGGAGCACUACUACUAGAUCUAGGCUCUGA